AUGGGCUGCCUUCUCUUGGAGAAAAUCAGAGAAGAAUAUCCAGACAGAAUCAUCAGUACUUUCACCGUCAUACCGAGCCCAAAAGUGUCAGACACCGUCGUAGAACCAUACAAUGCCACGAUGGCUGUGGCAGGCAAAUACCUUACGGCAGCAUCAAUUUUUCGGGGUCGUAUGUCGACCAGAGAGGUAGACGAGCAAAUGGUGAACAUCCAAGACAAGAACAGCGCCUAUUUCGUCGAAUGGAUUCCCAAUAAUGUGAAAACGGCGGUUUGUGACAUUCCACCGAGAGACGAAGCCUUCACUGCGAUGUUCAGGAGGAAGGCGUUCCUGCAUUGGUAUACGGGGGAAGGUAUGGAAGAAAGUGAAUUCAGCGAGGCAGAAUCGAAUAUGAUCGACCUGGUAUCAGAGUAUCAGCAGUAUGAAGUUGCCAAGGUCGAUGAAGAUGACGACGAUGAUGCGUAUGGAAGAGAAGAGGAAGAAGAUGACGAAUAA